CGCUCCCUGGGGCGGGGAGGGGACGGGCGGCGCGGGGAGGCGGCACCGCUCUCCCACCUGCUCCCCCCCACCCCCGGCGGCGGCGAGGUUAGCGAUGAGGCGGCCGCGGGGAGCGGCCGGAGGAGUUUGUUCUCUCCUCGUCUCCCCGAUGCUCUGAGCCGGAGUCUCCUCCUCCCUCCGGGCUCGCACCGGGGCUGGAUGCUCCGCUCGCUCCUCGCUCCGCAGCCGCCGCCCGAUUCCCGCGAGCCAUGGAGCCGCCCGCAGCCGCCCUGGACAGCACUCCUGACCCCGCCAUCGUGCAGCCCCCCGGGAGCAGCCCGCCCGUGCCUGCCCGGGAGCAGCAGCAGGAGCAGGAGCAGCUACGGAUCGGGGAGAGCGGGCGGUUCGGCGAGGGGCCGGAGGACAGAGGUUUACUAGAAAGCAGUACAAGGCUAAAACCUCAUGAAGCUCAAAGCUACAGAAAGAAGGCAUUGUGGGUUUCCUGGGUCUCCAUUAUUGUCACACUGGCUCUUGCAGUGGCUGCUUUCACUGUCUCCGUAAUGAGAUACAGUGCAUCAUCGUUUGGAUUUGCUUUUGAUGCUACCCUGGAUGUUUUGUCGUCAGCGAUAGUUUUGUGGCGUUACAGCAACGCAGCUGCUGUACAUUCUGCACACAGGGAGUACAUAGCCUGUGUUAUCUUGGGUGUCAUAUUCCUCCUGUCAUCUAUAUGUAUUGUGAUCAAAGCUAUUCACGAUCUUGCAAAGAGGGUUCUUCCAGAAGUGGAUGACUUUCUGUAUAGUGUCUCCGUUUUAAGUGGCAUCCUCUGCACUGUUUUGGCAGUAAUCAAGUUUAUGCUGGGCAAGGUCCUUACAAGCAGAGCACUGAUAACUGAUGGUUGCUUAUUGAUAUGGUGCCCCGCGUACGGCAAACGCGCCACUAUGAAAUGUUUGAGUGAAGAUCACACACCUCUUCUUUGUUGGCUUUCACAACACAGAGCCACUACAUUGCUUCUGUUUAUCACAGGUGGAUUAAAAAUAGCAGACAGUCCACUGCAGAGGUUGAAAUUGGAUUGUGUCCACUGAAGAGAGCCAUGGAAAAGGCAUCUUCCUGCUGAUUAACUCAGUUUUGUCAAGAAUCUUCAGCACCAGAAUCAUAGGACCAGACCCUGAGCAUAGCUAUAUUGUGUAUUUCUUAUUUUUUGCUGGUUUUAUUAGUACUGUUUACCCUUUUCCACCUCUCUUGCUUCUGUAGUCCCAGCAUCAGUCAUUUAGUGACAAUUAGGAGCUGCCCAAAGCACUGCUCUGCAGGGCUGUGCGCUACAGCAGCCAGGUUCUAGCACAGACCAGCACCCAGAAGAGCAGCAAGAAGGUAAAACAGGUUGUGGUGAGACACCUAAGUGCAGUGAGCUUGGUGGCACAGAACUCCUACUUCAUGGACAGAACGUAGGACAUCAAACCAGCUCACAUUUUAAAGCAGCCUGUUAAAAUACUGAGUGCAAUGUGUGCACAGGGACCUUUGGCUGUGUUCAUCCAUGAAGCAAAGCUGAGGGAAUCCUCUUUUCUAGUUGGUGGCUGUAAGUGCAGACUCCAGCUGCACAGCCCUUGAAAAUGAGAGGUGGUUGAACAAGCUCAUACUUUUCUUAUCACAGUAACAUAAACCAAAUGCAGAAGUGUUUCAGUUACCAUGGAUGCUUCAAAGCACUUCUGGUAUUAGCAGGUUAAUUCAAGAAAAUAAGUAAAAUACUUGAGACUUCAAAGGAAAAAGACCAGGCAACAGUGAUACAUAGAAGUGAGCACAGAUCCAUACUACCAUACUUUUUAUGGCUCAUUGCAAUUGAAAUGAAAAUAAAUGCUUAUCCAGUUUACCAGAAUGCUCUGCUCCAGCCAGACACUCUCAAAGGUAAAAUUUUCAAUAGUAGCUUUCUUUGUUACCUGUCUGUGCCAGCCGCUCUGUAAUUACGAGAUAACAAGCAGGUUCCAGCCACACUCACUGAAGGUGGAACUUCCAACAGCAGGGGUAGCCUGGGACCACUUGGAUCACCUUAACCUUGGUACUGCCCAACACAGUAUUGGUGACUGCAAGCUUGUCAAACUGACAGAUGCUCUCGGUUGUGCAGAGGGCAAAGAGAAUGAAGUUCAUACAUGAAACAGCACAGAGUGCAAACUGAUACUAAAGCACGUCCAAACUCAGAGUUGCGAAUCCCUGAAAAUGUCAGUGAAUCUGAGUUGAGGCUUUGAAUUUAUCCAUGUAGUACAGCAGAGAAGGAAGCUAUCAAAACCCCACACCAUGCUUUGCACGUGCCAGGUACCAGGCAUGAGGUGUAUUUUGCAUACCUUCAUUGUUAGGCAGUGGAAAUUGAUAGUGUUCCACCUCUGGCUGAAAGCCAGGUUUUUGAGCCCAGAAAUUACCAAACUAGAAUCCCUUGCCAAUUCAGUCCACCUCUAGCCUUGUAGGUAAGCCAUAAAUAACCAGCAUUCAACCACCAUCUGAAAAUGAUGUUGCAGAACUGGACUUGAAGACCACAGACAGGCGCUUCCUCAGACAACGUCAAAUUAAGCUCUCAGUAUGCACACCUCUGAGCUCUCCUCACUAAUGAUAAUACCAUUUGCAUUUCUGCAAUCUCAGCUGCCUGGGAGCACAUAGACAUUUUUGGGAGCCAGAGGGGUAAGGAAGCAUUGAAGCUACUGGCCAAACGCUAUCCCUGAUACACUGAUCUGUGAGAAUACCUCAUCCUGGACUUGCAAGUGUUUCACUGUGCUCACAGCACUUUUAAUUUCUCAGCACUGCUUUCAGGUGUGUGCUGCUGCUAUGUUACAUGCAUUGCCAUGCAGCAGUACUGUUACAAAGCACUGUGCUGACAUGCACUGCUCAUCAGGCAUCAGAACUGAGACAGGAGAGGCACAAACCCACAUUCCUGUGGGUCCAGGUUAUGCAACUGGAGAGUAAUUAAAUCAAACACCAGCCAAUCAAGGGACCUGUCCUGCUGCUCCCACACCUGGGAGCAGGAUGCUUUCCCACUCCUGUCAGCCCCAGGAUGAGCCUGUGGGGAGGCAGUGACCAGUUCCUGCAUGUUACCUGUUCCACGCUAUCAGCUGCAUGCUGGGGUUGGCAUCACUGAGCCUCAGGCAGAACUUGGGAGCAGAAUCAUGGUGGCACUGCAUGGACAGCCAGGAGCGACGCAGGCAUCAGCAAGAACAUCAGCUGGAGAGCUGAAAGUGCAUUUGAUAGAAAGCCUUUGCAGAGGAGUUUGUUUUGCAAGUAGUUCUGUACUCUGGAUGCAGUGUGCAGCCAACGUCCACAGUCUUCCUUUGGGCUGAAAAUUAUUAGGAAGUAUGUCUAACUAUUGGAGAGGGAAAGUUGCUCUCCUGAAAUGAAUCUUGAUUUUAUCUGUCCUUAAAUCCAAUUCAGAUUUACAACAAAGCAAAACAAAGAUAACAAAGUGUCCUUUCUUACCACUGGGAUGUGGGCCGUGCUUCUGUUGCAUGGGCAGCUGCGGGCUGCGGAUUGUCACACAGAUGCAACUCUGGAUCCGUGGCAGCUCACAGAUUUGCCAUUUAUGCACAAAGCAAUCAUAGAUCCAAAUCACACAAGAAAAAGGUUUAUUGAAAAAUAAAGUUCUCCCUAGUUUUUUUUUCUACAACAGUGAAAACAAAGCAUUUUUCUAUGCCAUUAAAGUACAGACAUUUACGUUUCUAAAAAAAAUAAAAUAAUCUUAUCCUAUUGAACCCCA